GAUUUUUCGGUUUUGGUAGGAAAAUGAGAUUUUUUUCGGUUUUGGUGGGAAACCGCGUGUUUUGGUUUUUGCAGGAAACCGCAUUUUUCGAUUUUGGCCGGAAAACAAGAUUUUCGGUUUUAACGGGAAAACACGUUGUUUUGGUUUUGGCGGGAAAACACGUUUUUGCAAUUUUGGCGGGAAAAUGUGUUUUUUGUGUUUUGGCGAAAAAAUGUGUUUUGGAGUGUUGGCGUGAAAACAUGUUUUUGUGAUUUUGGCAUGAAAACACAUUUUCGGUUUUUGCGGGAAAACGCGUUUUUGCAAUUUUGACGGGAAAACACGAUUUUGCAAUUUUUGCGGGAAAAUGCGUUUUGGAGUUUUGGCGUGAAAAAAAAGUUUUUAGGUUUUCACGGGAAAACGUGUUUUUGUAGUUUUGUCAGAUUUCGUAUGUGACAAAAAUGAUAUUAUGUUUAGGUUUGUAAUUUGUGAAUUAUAUUAUAGGCAUAAUAUACAUUAUACCAUUUUGAAUGAACCAUUUCCAUUCAAAUGAUCCAAAUUGGUUCAGAUGAAUAGAAUUUAAAAUUAAGCCUAAAUUUCCAAAAAUCAUCUGGAUGAUCCAUCUGAAUGAGUUGCACUUUUAGUGCUUAAACAAACAAAAACUCAUCUUCAUCCAGAUAGAGAAACAAACGGGUCCAAAGUACAGCGAAAUGGAACUAAUUUAAACGAGGCCCAGAAAGAAUAUAAUUUAGCUCAUAUGUGUUAACACCGACUCAGCAUCCUCUUCAAUCUACACGUGCUAGCUGCAGAUGCAUCUUAGGACACGUUUAUCAACACGUGAUCUUCAUGUGAGACGACGUCUAUCCCGCUGCUCUGAUGCUUUUCCACCGCAAGCUCCGGCUCCGCCGUAGUCGAUUCACACAGAACUUUAGAACCCCGCCUUUUAUGAAACUCAUGAAUCUCUUUCAUAUCUCGUAUACUCUAAUAUUUUGCCUCAGCCGUCGUUUAUAACCAAGAUUCCUUCAACGCCGAUUGAUCACACUGGGAAAUACUCGAAAUUUGAUUCAAGAGGAGGAUUUUUAUCGGACCAUCAGUAGAGAUGCAGAUUCUACUAAACCUCCAAAGAAUCAACCGAGAUCACUCCAACAAACACAUAUUACUUUGUAUCAAGGAAACUUUACUCAUAAGCCUUUUUGGCUUACACAAGUGGGAGUAAAGAUUGAUUCCCAUAAGCAAGGAAUAAGAGCAUAAUCGGAAGGGGAAGAGACCCCAACCCAAGAGUCGAUCUAUUGAUCGAAUAUAUUAUAUAACAAAACGACAUCGAGCUCCCUUAUGAAAGAUAUUUGUUUGAUAAGAAGGGGGUCUCGAGAGAAAGUUCCCUCUCUAAAGGAAAGAGAGAAAGAGAGUUUAGAGCAUCUGCAUCGCAGUAUGCUGAGCGUCUCUUAUGUUGGGGGGGCCCACAAUUUUUGACAAAACCAUCUUCAAUUGUUGCAGAAGAAGAAACGUAUAUUGGAUGUAUGAUGUACUGUUUUGUGGGCCCCACGACGCGUGGCGGCCCACAAUUGGUUCUGUUUUUAAUUUUUUUUUUUUAUAAAUCAGUAAAAAUAAAAUUAAAAAAUUAAAAACCCAACCACGUUUCUGGGAUAAAGGUGCUCUUAAAUGCCGGUCUAGAAGUGUUUUAUCAUAUAUUUUUUAUAUUAAUAUACAUUUUAGUUUCAAUAUUUUAAUAUAUUAUGUGUGCAUCUUUAUUUGUGUGGCUGGUUGUUUAAUAAUCUUUUCAAUUGAAUUUGUUUGGAUCAAAUUCUAUCAUGACACACAUGGAUUUCAAAUAUUCUCUCGUGACCCUGUUUUAAUUUCUUUUUAUUUUACAUUAAAAUUUAAAUACAAAACAAGGGAAAAUAGCUAAAAGCCCAAACGAUUUUGAUUUAUUUACAAUCUCUGCCCUUAUUAUCCCCAUCCAUAAACCCGAUCCAUCUAAAACUCGAACCCUAUUCCCCUAAAUCCCUAAAUCGUAACAUAACUUCCCCAUUUUCUUCAUUUCACGAUCUCUGAAAAUUUUGAUCUUCACUCAUCAAUUCAACCAUAAAACGACAUCUAAACUAAGAUUCACCAAGAAAAAGAAAGAAUCCCCACCAAGAAAGAAGAAGAAAUCCUCACCGGCAAAGAAGAAUGGGGUUGAACCGGCUAAGAAGAAGAUGACUUUGCCGACAGAAAAGAAGAAGCGGGCUAGAUCGUCUCCAGCAGAGGAACACGAAGCAGACGACGGUGGGUCGUCGUCUCAACCCACGAAGCGGCCGCGUCUUACUUCAAACCGCAAAAAUCUUCAACCUAAUUCGGCUGCUGCCUCCGCUUCUCCUACUCUGGCCGCUUCUCCUACUCAACCCGACAAUGAGGAGACACCCUUAGGACCACCAGCCAGAUCAGAAGAUCCUUCACCAACGAAGAGACAAAAUCCGCUACACCAACAGGAUCCUCCGGAUGCAUCUCUUUCCCGGUCUUCCACUAAGGGCAGGACACCUUCUUUGGAACAAGGAUACAAUGAGGAAAUGGGAUCGCAUGGUGAGCCUCCCACAUCACGAGAACUUAAUGCUACAGAAGAGCAAAUAAUGGUAAGAAAUCAUUUCGAAAUCAGUUUUUGUAAUAUGUUACAACUAAGAUAUAUUGUAUAUAGAUGUACUAGUAAACCUAGUAGUAUACUUAAGAUAAGUGUAACUUGUACAAAUGAAGAAGUUUAAAUUGUUUUACUAAUACAACUAUGAAAUGUAAAAUUGUAUAACUGGUACAACUUCUUAAAAAUUUAACUAGAACAUGACAAUUUUACUCGUUUGACUAAUGCAACUGUAAUAUGUAAAACAAGUAUCACUCGUACAUCUUGUAAUUAUCUAACUAGUGAAACCUGGACAACUGUUAUUUGUAUAACUAGUAUUACUCGUAGAACUGUUAUUUGUAUAACUAGUAUUACUCGUACAGGUAGAACCUAUCUAAUAAGUAAUACUUGUACAACUAUUAUAUGUAUCACUUGUAGAACAUAUGUGUAACUAGUAUAACUCGUACAACUGUCCUACGUAUUGCUUGUAUAACUCGUACAACUAGAACAUAUGCAGCUACAAGUAAACACAAAUCUAAGUAGUAUAACUUGCACUACUGUUUUUUAUAUUACUUGUAUAACUCGUACAACUUAAACAAAUUUAAGUAUACAACUUGUAAAACUCGUACAACUACGACUGUAGCAGAAUUUGUGUAUUACUAGUAUCACUCGUAUAUGUAUAACUUGUGUUACUCGUAGAACUAGCAAUCUGAGGGACAGAUUUGAGAUUAUGGAGGACUUGUUUGAUCAUGAUCGUUUUGACACUAGUGGAGGCCAAGAAAAUGGUAUAAAUUAUGAUCUUAUUUAUUAGGGUCUGUUUUUAAGACAAAUGAUUAAUCUUUAUAUAUUUUUGUUUUAGAUGAUACUGAUAAAGAUGCCACAAUGGAGGGCGAGACUGAACCCGAGCAAAUGGCAGAAUAUGAUGCUGAUAAGGAGGCCACGAAGGAUGGAGAGAAUGAGCCUGAGAAAGAAAUCCAGGUUGAUGCUGAUAAGGAGGCCACAAAGGAGGGUGAUAAUGAGCCCAAGCAGAUGGCAGAAGAUGAUGCUGAUAAUGAGGCCACAGAGGAUGGAGAAAAUGAGCAUGAGAAAGAUAGCCAUGUUGAUGCUGAUAAGGAGGCCACAAAGGAGGGUGAGAAUGAACCCGAGCAGAUGGCAGAAGAUGAUGCUGAUAAGGAGGCCACAAACGAGGUUGAGAAUGAGCCCGAGCACGCACUGCAAGAGGAUCUUGAAGUGAUGGUGGCAACAGCAGAGAAGUUUGAGAAAGAAGUUUUGGAGAAAGAAGCUGCGGAGAAAGAAGCUGUGGAGAAGAAAGCUUCGGAGAAAGAAUCAACGGAUGAAAAGGAUGGAGAUGCUGAAGAAGAUUCACCGAAGAAGACGAAGAGGGUGCCAAAUCCUUCUCGUAUGAAGCAGUCUCCAUAUGUUGAGAAGUAAUCUAUGUGUGUCUUGUAUUUGGUUAUUAAACCUUUAUGCUGCUUUUGGAUGUUGGUGUUUCUUUUGUCAAACAUAAGACUUGUGUUGCUGUUGUGAAACUUAAGACUUGCUGUUGCUUUUGUGAAACAUAGAACUUGUGUGUUUCUGAUUUAGUAGUGAACUUGUGUUUAUCAUAUUAUUGUUGAACUUGUUUGAACUUGACAGGUUUUUCGUAUAACUAAUACUACCAAGUAAACUAUGGCAAAAUUACUCUGACAUAUACAACUGGUACAACUAAAUAACAGAAGGUACAACUAUUGUUCUUAAAAGGUGUUGCACAUUUAAAAUGUGAUAAUCAACUAAAACAUAAUAACAAGUAGUUGUACCAGUAUUUUAGUUGUACAAACUAAUACAUAGUUAUACCAGGGUUUGAGUUGUAUAAGUUUGUUCAUAGUUGUAUUUUGGUAGAGAAUUUGAAUUGUGUAGUUGCACCACAUUAAAAAUAUAUAUAUCUCAGUUGUACAGUCUUGUAAUUCUUAAAUGCAUUGAACCACAUACAAAGUAAUCAUUAAUUUUGUUAAAAUAUAUUCUGUGUACGUUCUCCAAAAAUAUAGUGAACAAACUAGUAAACAAACCUUUAAAUUAUAAGGUAGAUCAUAGAAACUUAUGUGAUUGUGUAAUAAUUGAAUUUUUUUGGGUAAAAAUUCAAAUAAUUAGGAUGGACGAAUCUUAGGACAUUCCAACUUAUAUAGUCUAUUGUUAUUUAAUUAUAAAAAGCCAAAUGGAGUUUUAAAAUGUCAUAUUUUAAGAAGUUAUACCAAUUGUACCAGUAUUUUCUUCCUCGUGUAUAUAAUGUAGUUGUACUAGUUGUCCUAGUAUUACAUCAUAUAGUUAUACUAGUUGUACCAAUACGACAACACAGAAACAUGAUUGUUAUGUUAUAUGAAGUUUUACCAGUUGUACCUGUCGUACCUAACAUAAACAACACAUUACAUAAAUAAGUUCCACAACACUUAAAUAAGUUCCACAGCUCGUAAAUACCAUUUGCAACCAACCCUUUAAUAUGUAAAGUCGAGGCAUAGACUUCACAAUGUCAACCUCAAAACAAUUCUUAUGCACAACUUUGUCCACUAAAUCUCUCACUUCAUACUUAGUUUCAAAUUCUUGGUGCAAAACCAUGUCAAUACCGUCAUCCCACUUGAAAUGUACAAUUGGUGUUUCAGCUGCUUCUCCAUAUCAUCUCUUUCAGUACCCACUUCAUCGCCUUUUUCAUUCUCAUCCUCUUGAAUAUGAGGAAUAGUCGUCAACUCCUUAAGACCAACCAUAUCAUCAUUAGCUCUUGCAUCACUAAUAAUUUCCUCAUCCUUAGAAAACAUCUCUUUACUUUGGUUUUGUGAGAGAGAUUCUAUGAGCUCCACGUGCAAGAUAGUACGCCUCUGAUUUUUUUCGACUUCCAAUAAAUAUCCUAAAACAUCUUCAUCAUCAAAGAUGUAACAUGGCCUCUUAUCAUCCAUUCCAAAUGGAAAGUAACUCAGCUGUCAUGGACGAAGCUACAUCAAUCUUCAUUUUCCUGCAUACUCUAUCAACCAACUGAGAGUAAGUCACCUCCUCAUCACUUCUCAUCGUAAACACUAAAGUAGAAAUAUGUCGGUCUUUCCGCUUCCAUCAAACUUCAUCUCCCACACCU